AUGUCCGAGUUUGCUACAACACAUCCACCAACAAUGAUGGCAUUCGAGAAGCAACAACAACAACAGAUGUCUACGACAACUAUAGAUACAUUGUUAUCCAACUUUGAUACGUUACUGGCAACGGUGGAGACGAUGAACCAGUGCAUGGCAAUGGUGAAAGAAGCGUAUACACUACAACCUCAGGCCAUAGCUACAUUCCUGGCGAUGCAGAACUUCCUGGACAAGACACAUUCGACAUUCAAUAGACUGUCCAUCAAGAUACAUACACAUAUCAAGCGUAAUGAGAUUGUACAGGGCCAUGGCCUGGCGACCAACAACGGCAUUACGGACUUUGUUCCAUCAUUCACGGACAAUAUUGAUCGACUUUUGAAGGUGUCAUCUCUCAAGAUGCCCUCGACCGGGUCUGACAUGUUGUUGCCAGAGGUACCACACAUCAUGGACCAGCGCAGCGUCAAUGGUCAUGAUGAUGACGAGGCAUCCGACACAUCAUCAUCCGAACCAGGGACACACCAUCAGUCCAUGGACGUGAUGUCAGAUCCACAUGGAAUACCAUUGUCCUUCACAUUGAUCACAUCAAUCACAAUGAAUGGAGUCAAUGUGUUGGAUGGAAGCGACAAGAGCGAGCAGGACGAGGACAAUGAUGUUGAUGAAGUUGAAGGCGACAAGUCAUCCACGGUAAACAGUGUUGAUGUAAUUGAAAGCGAACAGGAGGCGGAGGACGAGGAAGUUGAAGAGGAAGAAGAGGAGGAAGAGGAGGUCAAUCCAUCUGACGAGCACAUCGAUGAUCUGGACACGCUACCACCAACAUUGAUCGUUGAGCCAACAAACGAGUUCUGCUCCACGCCAUUCUCGCCGUCAUCGCCACCCAUGUCACCAUCACCAAUGGCACUGGCAACCAGUCAAACGUGUACAUUGAUCGAUUCAAACGCACUGAUAUUGAGCGCCAACAGCAGCCUGCACCACAUGGAGGAGGUGCGCUGCUUCCAGACAUUCGAAAAGUCAAUGACAGAGAUGGCUGUGUAUCGAAUCAGGAUCAAUAUGACUGACGACGCCAUCCAAAAGAAGAACCAGAAGGGUUGUCACAUGAUGUCGGUCAUCCUACAAGACCAGAGCGCAGUGGCCAUGCAACAAACCGUCAACAACAGCAACGCGCUACUGCUUCCACUACCUGUGAGUGAGCCGACCCUUUCGGGCAGCUCACCCAUCGAGACCUACAUACCCGUGGACGAGGAGGAUCUGGCCCACAUGUACACAGUAUACAAGCCCGUCCAACCCAUUCCCGCUCCUCCCCCAGCACUCACCAAUGGUCAAGGUCAUGGAGGUGUCGGCGGCGGUAACAGGACGACCAAUCAAACAAAUGGAAAUGGCAACAAGUACAAGUCAAUAGUGGAUAAUGGAAGUAGCAACAAUACGAACACAAAGGUCAUCACUUGGAGUAAGAGCGAUGUGAGUGGGUCUGAGACACAGGCACCUCAGUUCCAGUAUGUGAAGGAGAAGGUGCCGCGAUGCUCCAAUCCGAGCGUUGGAGACGAGGACAGUGACAUUGAGUUUGAUGAUUAUGAUGACUAUGACAUCGACUCGGACAGCCCAUCAUACGACGAUUCAUCCUUCACCAACGAGACUGCCACGCCAUCAGCAUCAGCGCGACCCAGCAACCACCCUACCACAGCCUCGCUCAACAACAACAAUACCACCAACAGCGGAUCAUUGCUCAAGUCUCCGACCAACAUGAAGACGCUGCCACUUUCACCAAAGGGAGUGCCAAUCUCGCCCAAGCUAUUCCUGGUCCGCUCGAGCCAACGUCGUGCACAGUCUGUGAGCGCGGGUGGUGGUGUUGCAGGCGGCGCAGCCUACAACUCAUACCCAUGGGUCGGUGGCAAACUGAUGCAUUUGAAUGUGUUUGUGCCGACACAGCCACAAUCAGUGGUGGAGCUGUCAGUGGAUGAUGACUCCACCGUCGAGAAAGUAGUAUCCGACGUCUUGGAACUAUGUCAAAAGGAAAGGAAGCGUAGACUACUACUCAGUGGCAGUUCCAAUCAAUUAUAUUCAUCUUUGGACACAUUGGCGACCAUCAAUCCUCAGACUUCUCAGUCGCAGGCACUGGCACAGGCGACACAGACACAGACACAAUCAACAACCAACAACCCGAACAACAACAACAAUACUAUUACAACAUCAACCAAGUCAUCAGACUCACAGAGUCCUAAUUUAUCGAAUGGAGACAAUGAGAUAUCAUUCGCAUUCCUUUCAGGAUCGAUCAAUCCCAAGGCCUACCUACUCAAGGUGUGCAGUGAAGAUGGAAACGUGUCGGCGGACACUCACAUGCUGGACCGACUCCUCGAGAUCAAGAAGACCAAGUCCACAUCAUUCAUCCUAAUCCAGAAUCCAAACUGCACCAGAGAACAACAUUCACCUCCACCUAUAUUCAGGGUCCACAUCCUGCCCUCAGCUCCACUCAAUGUUGAGAGAAAGUCGAGUGUUAGUAACUCAGUUGGCGUGAAGGACUCGAUUGCAGUGCCAUAUACACAUAAUGCGACAUUGGCAUCAAUCAAGUCACUGAUAUGUCGCAAAGAGAAGUUCUCCGAAGAGUUCUGUGUAUUCAUGUUGAUGAACAAUGAAGUGGUCAAUGACGAGUCCAUCACACUAGAGGAGUUGGGCAUGGGCGAUAUCAAACUGAUACACAACCAAGUUAAAACAUCAAUUCCCAAGUCAGUAUCAUUCAUUGCUGACUCUGGCAAUGCACCGCGACCCAUCACCAAGUUACUUGGUCCAAUGUUCUUCUUCACACCAGACACAGCUGGAGAGUUUAAGCAAUACCAAGUUGUCAAGUUUAACAAGUUUGGUACAUCAACGGUUAGAGUGAUGGGAAUUGAUCAAGAUAGGAUUAUUCAUUCGAAUAUGAGUGUGCCCAAUGGUAGUAACCAUGGUGGAUUGUCACCAGUGAUGAGUCCAAACAACUGUUUGACACCUCCGCCAAAGUCAAAGAAAUCAUUCAAGAGAUCGUUCAACAAUAACUCCAAACUCAAGACACCUAUACAACUACUAACAGACAUUGCCUCUGUCAAUAUGAUCACAAACAAACCAAAGAACUUCUACAUCAAGUGCAAAGAUGGCAAGUUGUCCGAGUUCUAUUCACAAGACGCCGAGGAGAUCGUUGCAAAGAUACAGUUCAUCAUCAAAGAGAAGAGGAACAAGAGCAAGAAUGAAUAUUAG